AAAUGUAACGAUUCUAAUUUUUAUUUAUAUUAUAAACUUGUAUCGUUAUUUAAAUAUUUAAUAGUUUAUUGUUAAGUUAAAUAUUAUUAUAACACAGUCAAGUUUUUAAAUUAUGUUUACCGAUUACUCUUUUUAAGGUUGAAUAAAAAAAGUUUAAACUACCCUUCUAUAAAUAAAGGAAUAAAUAUGAAUGUUACGAAAUUGAGUAGUGAAGAAGUACCACAAGAGUUUUUGAAAUGGCUUCUUUCGAUGGGUUGUCCUGCUGACGUUGUGCCUUCUGUUGACAAAAUGCCUUUAUUAUGUCGUGGACAAUACAAAAUGAUAUGGAAGAGCAUGAUGGAGCACAUUUCUUCAAAAAAUGCUAUUAGGAACAAACUACUACAAGUUUUCAUAGAUGACAUUGCAUUAUGUAAAAAAACAUAUCUAUUUAAUGAGAAAACACAAUCUGUUACUGAACCAAUACAACUAACACUAUGGAAGGAGAAAAUUGAAGGAAAGAAAAAAUUAUUGGAAUUGGAAAAAAGAAUUGUUCAAGCUCACAAUGAUCUUAUAAUUGUCGAUAAAAUAUCCAGUUUAUUUACUCAGAAAAAGCUAUCAAGUAUUAAAGUGGAAAAUUUGCAAAGACGCUCCUGGUUACUUCAACAAGUUUUAGCAGAGUUUGAGAGUAAGAAGAAACACUUAGAGGAAGCAAGAGAUAUUGCUAAGUCGCUUUGCAAUAUUAAUGCAAGUGACGAUCUUGAGAGCAAACUUGAGAAUUGUAUGGGCUUAAUAAAACGAAAUUUGUCAUCUCAGACCUCUCAAACCAGUGCAUUUGCAGAAACUGAUUCGGAAGAGACUCUAGAAUCACUCGUGACGUACCGUGGAGAUGUCCUCUGGAAUAAUUUAAAUGAAAAACGAGCCUCACUAGUGAGAGAGCUAGAGGCGGCGCACAACCAGAAGAGGGAAAACAUCGAUAGAGAUGUAGGAAGAGUGGAGGCUGCGGUGUCCCACUCCACGAGAGCGCAAUGCUCCUUGGCCUUGCGAAGCAUGAAGAAUCGCCAACACAUAAAACGCGCCCAGAAACAGCUCGCUGCGAAUAUUGAACUCCUCGGGGCAAACAUGAGCCCCGAGUCGUGCGAGCUGUUAGUGUUGAACUGCGAGAGAGCUCGCGCCCGAGCCAAAUUGUCAGCCAUGAAGGAGAUGCUGGACGACGUGAAACAUUCGCGGGGAGUUUUCUCUCUGGAAGAAGCCGCGACCGACGACAGUCGUACGACUAGGCGAUUAGUUGCAAACGCAGACAGGGAAAUCGAAAGGGAGCGCAACGACCUGAUGAAGUACUUGACGGCGCAAGAGGCGACCGAGCACAAAAUGAGCGGCGUCGAGACCUGCCUGACCAGGGUUUUCAGAGCGUUUCAUACGAAUUCUGCGAAGGAUUUAAUUAAAGACGGUCAAUUCAAUUUCCCGCAAGAGUCGGUGGCCGCCUUGCACGAGUUCUUCUCGGAGAUACGUCAGAGGGAGACGAACGGACGCGACCUGAGUCUAGAGUUCGACGCCUCCGACGCGAUUAUGGAGCGAAGCGAUCUCUCCCGAGAACUGAAGAUAUAUCUUCAAACCUUCAGCUUGGAGAAGAACAGGAAAAUUCUUUUGAAAAGUUUCAGCGGCGAAAAAGUCUGGAUCUCCGACACUCUGAAGUCGUCGACGGCGCGCCUCCGACGGCAGUGGCUGCUCGACGACGUCGCGCCGCCCUUGUGCCCGGCCCUCGGUCUCAAAUAUAACCUGGAGCAGAUCAUCGACGACGUGGAUGGCGUCCGGGGGCUGACGGAGAUCGCGAGAGGACUCAAGGCCGGAGACGCGACCGGCGAAGGAGGUCUCGAUAUCGGAGACCCCACUCGAGCGGAAGAAAUGUCCGAGGACCGCUUAAAGAAGAGAAUUGCGGAAAACUUGGGCGUCUUGGAGAGGACUAAUAAAAAUUUAGACAUUGCGGAACAAAACCUGAACUUUUGGGCUCGAGACGAGAUGAAGAAAUAUAUUUCGCCGACGAGGACCGUCGACGGGAAGACCUUCGUAGAGUUCGAGAGUUUAUUUUCUAAGGUCAUCGUAACUAAGUAAUAAACCCGCAUUUCAUUUUAA